UGGGCUCCCCUCCACCGUUUGGCUACCAUCGAUAUCUUCACAAGAUGGCGGGAUCCAAGUAUCAAUAUGUUAAGAAUUUUGAAUUGCCGGACCCCCUUCUGCCAGGAACAUUCAUGGUGUACCGUUUAGACGGCCAUAGUUUCCAUCGAUUCUCCGACGAACAUGAAUUCUCGAAGCCUAACGACUUGCGAGCUUUACGUCUUAUGGACCACGCCGCACAAAAUCUAAUGGAAGAAUACCCCGAUAUCAUCCUUGGUUUCGGUGAAUCAGACGAAUACAGUUUUCUCCUUCGUAAAUCGACGUCACUGUAUAACCGUAGACAGUUCAAAAUUGUCUCUACUCUGACGUCGUAUUUUACGUCUUGCUACGUGUUGUAUUGGCCUACCUUCUUUCCGGAUACACCUCUGCGCUACCCUCCGUCCUUUGACGGGAGGAUAGUACUGUAUCCGGGUACAAAGGAGAUACGCGACUACUUUGCCUGGAGGCAGGCCGACACGCACAUCAAUAACCUGUAUAAUACCACAUUUUGGGCCCUUGUUCAGCAGGGUGGAGAAACCACAACGCAGGCCCACGCGACUCUGAGGGGUACGAUAUCGAAAGAAAAGAACGAGAUCUUGUUCUCUAGGUUUCAGAUCAACUACAACGAUAUUGACCCGAGAUACAGAAAGGGAAGUGUCAUAGUGAGAACAGAGGUCCCCGAAGAAGAGCAGGCGGACAAGACGGAACAGCAGAAGAAGAAAGCGAAAAAAGCGAAACCGCACACCAAAAUCGAUGUUAUUCAUUGUGAUAUUAUCAAGGACCAAUUUUGGAAUGAAAGACGGAUUUUAGAAGAGUAAAGGGUUCACUUAAAUCUUAGAUUAGUAACGGUACGUUCGUGCUUGGCAUCUUACACUCCUGGACGAGAACAUUCCCUUUCAGGUAGAGGAAACACACCAACCUCAAGAAAGCAAUACACCCAUUCUGUGAUAGGUUGAUUCUACCCGCAACUUGAUGACCAUCGCGCAAUUUACAAACCUCAUACCGUCAGCCUCGUAUUUUGCCUUCGAAGGUUCUGUUCUGUCAUGUUAUCUAGACAAUACAUACUGUCAAAUGAUGACUGAAGUCCGGAAUGGAGGCAACGUAUACAUCGGUCUGCAUGUGUACGAUAACUAUGGCCUGUAAACAGAUCAGCGCGAGAUUUAUAACG